AUACUCAAAAAUGCUGAGCGUGCCGAGGCGGACACUCCCGCGCCUCCGAUUGCCAUUCUCAUCGUUGCAGUCACCAGCCCCAGCUCAAGUCCGGGUCGGCGCUAAUUGGGGCGUAUCAGUGACGUCCGAAUUGGUAAAUGGGCUUCUCCGAGAUGGCUACUAUGUGGUGCGCGACGCCUUCCCAGUCGAAUAUCUGCGUCACCUACGUGACGAGAUGAAGCUGUUGCAUACGAGUAACCAAUUAUACCCGAACUCGACGCAUGUUUUACUGAAUGACGUGGACAAGUCAGCGACCAAGACGCUGCUGUUAGAGAAGCACGACAUUUUCGAGACGGAGUUGGCGCUGGAUACGAUUCGAGACCAGUCAUCUGUGCCAUAUCUGAGGGAUUUUUUCGAGCAGCAAGUGGUGUUUGGGCCACUACGUCAAGCGCUACCGGACUGGUUGGGACUGGCAGGCCACAUGGUGAAGAUACAGCACAAUACUGGACGAGGAGCCUGCUUCCCCAUGCACUUCGACACGUACGGAGACGAUGGCAAAUGCGUCACAGCUGUGCUUUACUUGAAUGAGGAGUGGGAACAAGAAGAUGGAGGCGAAAUCGUGCUGUAUCCAUUCCCGAAAUCACGUGUAGUGGUGCAGCCGCGCUUCGGUGAGUUAGUACUGUUUUCGUCGCAGCAAAUGCUACACCGCGUGAUGCCAGCGAACAAGCCGAGAUAUGCCCUUACGACAUGGGUGUACCAUUCACCACCACCAAAUGCAAAGGCUGAAAGUGCUGCUUACUAUCCGAUAGAUCCGAGCGAACAAGCACCAGAUGUGGAGACCGCGACGUUCAGGGCCAUGAUCACCAAAAUAUUGCGAUCUCCAUUCCGUAGACAUCUCAUGAAGCUUGCCUAUAAGGACGAGUGGGUACGAUCUCUGCAUGAGUCUCACCUGAAAACAGAAGCAUUUGACCACUACAUGGCAACGCACACGAAAGAGUUGCAAGUGAUUGAGGCUGCCACAGUUCAGAUGCUGCAGAAUUUCCGAGCCAAAGACGGUGGAGCGAAUAGUAAACUACCGCAAACGACGGAGGAGUUGAUGCAGCGGAUGGGAGAUCCUACCAACCGCGAAUUUGUUCAAAACCUUCAGUUGCAGUGGUUUUAGUGACGCUAAGUAGCUACUACGUGAAGUACCUUGUAGAGGUCUGUCAAUGAGAUCCUGUGCUCCACAAACUGCCAACCUACUGCGUGCACCCGCGAGACAACAGAGACCAGCUCUUUGGCUCGUCGCCUUGGACGUAGAACUUGUUGGUGAGGUUGGACACCACACAGGCGUGGUUGGGCACGAUAACGAGACGCUCACCGAUACCAGGUGAAGGAAUGCCAUCGAUCUUCUUCACCCAUCCGUGUUCUUCCGACAGACUCGUCACUUCGAAACAGAUGAGUUCCUUUCCAUCGUCGAGCAGUGUCUUGUUCUGCGUAGGCUCCUUGACCACACGCUCAAAGUCCUUU